ACGGUGUGUUUGUGUCUCUUUACUCAGAUUCAGUUUCACUGUGAAUCAGCAGCUUUCAGCCACUGAGUCUCACAACAGAUUCAUUUCUUUCUAGUUUGAAUCGAAGCUUCAGCUCCAAGAGACUGAAUGUAUUGAUCUGAUCUGAUCUGAUCUGAUCUGAUCUGAAGAAGUUAAACUGAGAAAAUCAAAAAUGAUCAAAUCAAUAGAUAAAUAAUAACAAAUAAUCUGUGAUGUUCCUCUGACUGAUCAUUGAUCAUUGAUCAUUGAUCAUAUUGAGUCUUUGAGCGACACACUGUAACGUCUGAAACUGUAAAACACACGCUGUGUGUGUGUGUGUGUCUGUCUGUGUGUGUGUGUGUCUGUGUGUGUGUGUGUGUGUGUGUGUGUGUGUGUGUGUGUGUGUGUCUUGACAUACCUCAGCUUUAAAUCCUCAGGCUCUUAUCUGCCUGAGGGGAGGAAUUCAACCUGCUCUUAUUCAAAUCAACCCCCACCACACACACACACACACACACACACACACACACACACACACACACACACACACACACACACACACACACACACACACACACACACGCGCACACACACGCACACAGUGUGUGUGUGGGACAACACAGUGACCAAUCAGCUCGUCGGUGGGCGGGGCCUCAGGGUAUAAGUGUCUCAGGUGAGCAGCAGGUGUACAGAGCAGGACAGGUGCAGCAGGAAGACACACACUGAGCUGAAGACUGAUGUUGAUACAGACAGACAAACAGACAGAAAGAUUUUCCGUCAUGGCGUCCUUCGUCCCGGAGCAGGGUCUGUCCCCCCCACUGUGUGGACGCUCCCUCCCCCAGCAGGAGCUCUCGUCUCUGGGCCUGGAUCCGUCUGACUUCAGCCUGUACAGCCCCCCAGCUCCUCCAGAGUCCAGCCUGUCCCCGUCUCCGUGGCUCCCACCGUCCAACCACAGCGACCCCUCCCUCUGCUUCAACAGCCCAGCCACAUGCCCCUUCUCUGGGGCCCCUGCCCUCCCCCCUGCCCUCCCCCCUGCCCUCCCCCCUGCCCUCCCCCCUGCCCUCCCCCCUGGACUCCCCCAAACAUUUGGAAGCUUCUUCCCUCAUCUCUACGGCCUCCACAGGCCCCUGAUACCCGGCAACCCCUGGUUCUCCAUGUCCUCCCCGGAUGACGUGCUGCGGCUGGUUCGCCCGCCGUACUCCUACUCUGCCCUCAUUGCCAUGGCGAUCCAGGGUGCGCCUGAGCAGCGGCUGACGCUCAGUCAGAUCUACCAGUACGUCUCCGACAACUUCCCCUUCUACAGCUGCAACAAGGCCGGCUGGCAGAACUCCAUCCGCCACAACCUGUCACUCAACGACUGUUUCCGGAAGGUUCCCCGCGACGAGAACGACCCAGGUAAAGGAAACUACUGGACUCUCGACCCAAACUGUGAGAAGAUGUUCGACAACGGAAAUUUCCGCCGCAAGAGGAAGAGGAAGUGUGAUAAUGUGACCACUGGCAAGAAACCUUCCUCCUCUUCCUCCUCGUCUGACUCUUCCUCAUCAGAGCCCAGCCCUAAAAUUCCCAGCAUACACUGCAGCAGCAGCAGCAGCGGCGGCGGCAGUGCUGACCUCCCUGCUCCCUCCAGCCUCAGCAGCUUCCUGUGUCACCUCCAGGACUCCCACCUCCCCUCUCCUCACACCACCUCCCCCUCGCUGUAUGUGCAGGUACCAGACCACACUCCCCCUCCUCCCCCUCCUCCCCCUCCUCAGGGGUGCCUCUCUUCUUACUCGCCCGGCGCCGUGGUGCCGCAGUGGGACACCUGCAGCUCCUCUCCUCCUCUCUUCCCCUCCUCCCAGUCGACCCCCCCACACUUCUCCUCCCCCCUCGCUGACCCUCAGACCGACUCCCCGCCGCUCUAUAUCGACCUGCAGACGGCGUCCUGUCCUCUGCCGGAGCUCCAGGACACCCAGCAGCUGCAGCAGCUGCAGGCCCAGUGCGGGCCUCUGUUCCUGGGGGGCUUCAGCGACGCUCUGCCCCUCGACGCUCUGGUUCUGCAGCAGUGAAGCUGAACGUGGUGUUUACAGUUUUUACCGUGUGAAUGUUUCUAUUUAUCGUUCCUUUCUUUCCUAAUGUUAAAAAAGGUGGUGACAUUUUUUAUAGUGUAUAUAUGAACUUUUGUGUUUGGAAUAAAAAAGAGAAAAUUA